ACCAAACCCUCUCUCUCUCACGCACGCCCAUCUCUCCCGUUCUCUUCUCGCAUUUGAUAUUUUCAGUGAUCCGUGAGAGUCUGGAAGAAUGCUUGUCUAUCAGGAUUUACUCACAGGUGAUGAGCUUCUCUCAGACUCAUUCCCUUACAAGGAAAUUGAGAAUGGAAUGCUUUGGGAAGUGGAGGGGAAGUGGGUCGUCAAAGGAUCUAUUGAUGUAGACAUUGGAGCCAACCCAUCGGCUGAAGGCGGGGAGGACGAUGAAGGGGUAGAUGACCAAGCCGUGAAAGUGGUUGACAUUGUCGAUACUUUCCGUCUACAGGAACAACCCUCGUUUGAUAAGAAGCAGUUUGUUGCAUACGUGAAAAGGUACAUCAAGUUGCUUACACCCAAGUUAGAUGCUGAAAAGCAAGAGCAGUUUAAGAAGCACAUUGAGGCAGCAACAAAGUUCCUUCUUUCAAAGCUCAGUGACUUCCAAUUUUUUGUGGGCGAGAGCAUGCACGACGACAGUACCAUGGUCUUUGCAUACUACAAGGAAGGUGCGACUGACCCAACCUUUUUAUACUUGGCUUAUGGGUUGAAGGAAGUUAAAUGCUAGAAGAAAGAAAAGAGGUGGUAGAGAGAGCGUGGAGUGUUUGUUUUAAUUUAUGCUUUAGUUUAAACUUGUGUAUUUUUUUUUUUAACAAUCGAUGCCAUGGAACUAUUAAAGUAAUAUGUUUGGGUAGUAACUUUAAUUUUAUUCUCAAAGCAAAAUCUUUCUAUUUGUCGAUGA